CGCAGCUCGCGGCCUCCCGGCAGGAGCUCCGAAGCUGGGCGGCUCCGCUCCGCCUCCGCCUGCGCGCUGCGCCAGGCCCGCCAGGCCCGCCAGGCCCGGCCGACGAGAGCCGCCGACAGAGGGACGCGAGCAGCCAUGGCCGAAGCAGCGCCCGCCCGGGCUCCAGAGAGGGACAAGCAAACAGAGGACGAAAGCCCUUCGACGCCUUCUUUGUCACCCCAGCCAGCAGCUGAGAAGAACUCAUACCUAUACUCCACGGAGAUCACACUGUGGACCGUGGUGGCCGCCAUCCAGGCCUUGGAGAAGAAGGUGGACUCCUGCCUGGCCCGCUUGCUGACCCUGGAGGGGCGGACGGGGACGGCCGAGAAGAAACUGGCGGAUUGUGAGAAGACGGCCAUGGAGUUUGGGAACCAGCUGGAGGGCAAGUGGGUCGUGCUGGGGACCCUGCUGCAGGAGUACGGGCUGCUGCAGAGGCGGCUGGAGAACAUGGAGAACCUGCUGAAAAAUCGAAAUUUCUGGAUCCUGCGGCUUCCGCCAGGCAGCAAAGGGGAGAUCCCUAAGGUGCCCGUGACCUUUGAUGAUGUGGCCGUGUAUUUCUCUGAGCCGGAGUGGGGCAAGCUGGAUAAUUGGCAGAAGGAGCUCUACAAGCACGUGAUGCGGGGCAACUAUGAGAUGCUGGUGUCCCUGGAUUAUGCCAUCUCCAAACCAGACAUCCUGACCCAGAUGGAGAGGGGAGAGGAGCCUUGUCCUGAAGGCCCAUGGGGCCAAGAGGAGGGAAAUAAGAGGGAGGCAGCAUGCCCAAGGAGGCCAAGCCUUGGCCUCCCUCCACACCCAGAGCACAUCCUCAGCCCCAUCAUCCCUGCCCAGGAGGAGCCAAAAGAAGGGCAGGCCUCCAAGCAUCAGCAAGAUUCAGAAACAAGGGUAACCCUACCUGGAGCGAGCACUGGGCCUCCAGCCUCAGUUAAACAGGAGGAAGAAUCUUCAGGUGAGGAGUCUCCAACCUCCUCUCUCAGGAACACUCAUCCCAGCUUGGGGCCAGGUGGUCGUGGUGCGGUCAUCAAGACAGAAGCACAAUCUGAGGACCAGAUGAUGCCUGAGCAGCUCUUCCUGGAGGAGUCCCGGAGCCAGACCAUGUGCAGAAUGUCCAAGGGGCCGAGGAGUGGGACUGGGGGCCCCAGCCAGCUUCAUGCUGCAGGAAUGCCAUGCGUGCGGGCAGGGGACCCACGGCCACCAGGUUCCGUUGGAGAGCCACCCCGUGUUCUCCCUCGACGGCGAGAGCGGACCUUCCCCUGCCCCGACUGCGGGCAGAGUUUCCGCUUGAAGAUUAACCUGACCAUUCACCAGCGGACCCAUGUGGAGGAGGAGCACAGGGAGACUUCGGGGAGCCCACCUGCCUGGGGGGAGGCCCACUCCACCCUGGAGCCCGGGGAGGUGGUGGUGCCUGGCCCUGUCAUCCGCUGGCUCCCUGAGGAGCCUGGAGGCCACCGCUCCCUGGCAGGCCGCUCCUUCAUGGGGCGGAGGCCAGCGGCCACCAAGGUGUACCACUGCAGUGAGUGCCUGCGCUUCUUCCAGCAGCGGAAGAGCCUGCUGCUGCACCAGCGCCUGCACACAGGCAACAGCCAGGGCUGGCCAGCUUGUCCCUACUGCGGCAAGGCCUUCCGCCGGCCCUCUGACCUCUUCCGUCACCAGCGCAUCCACACUGGCGAGCGGCCCUACCAGUGCCCCCAGUGUGGCCGGGCCUUCAACCGGAACCACCACCUGGCUGUCCACAUGCAGACUCACGCCCGUGGCCAGGUGGGCCCACACUUCCCAGCUCCCUCUGCCCUCCCUGGGAGUCCACCCCUACCACGGCCCAGCCACACCGAGGAGGGCUGACUGGGCAAGAACCUGCAGGGGUACCCUCCAGCUCUCCUGGGCCACCCCGGCAGGACCUCUGUCCACCUUCAGGCUUUUCCACUUGUGCUUGAUGCUGGUUCUUCGUUCUGGAAUAGCUUUGGAGAGAUCUUUUUUUUCAUUCAGAUGGGAAGCAGUGGCAUUUUUGGUGACAGUGUGUGUGUGACCAGAUGCCUCAAUUUCCUGUUUCCUAGUUUGUCACUCUUUGCUGCCUUUUCUACAUUCCUGACUUAUAAAGGAUCCCUUAAGGCUUAGAGGA